UUUGCAUUUGCAUCAUUUCACUAGCGAAAGAAGUUCUGUUCUUCAAGGAAAAGCUUCUUUCAGGGAAUAAAGGGAGAAAAUGCCACUGCCUGUAACCCUGGAGCCAGGACCCCUAUAUUUCUUUGACCAGCUGAAAUCUAGAACAAAAAAGUGGGGCAAGAAAAUACCAGAAGAACCACCCACUGAUUUCAAUUCACUCACCACAAAUUCUCAGCCCACGGGCUUUAUUCCCAGUCUGGUCAAAUGCAGGAAUUCUGGAUGUACAGCAGAACAUGUGGAAGGAAAUGAAGACAGUUUCUUAAAAGAUGAUACCGCAAGAAGAGAGAAAUAUCCAUUUCUGCCUCAGAUAUCUAGCUCUUCCCUAUUCAAAACUAGCAGUGAAGUUCCCAGCUCAAAGCUCUCUCAAAUGCCUUCAAUCCUUCCAGCAGAUGAAGAAAUACAGCCGAGCCUGCUGGAUGAAUAUAAAUACAUGGCUCCCACCAUCUUACAUGAACUUGGAGAAAUAUUGCAGCUCUUUUCUAGCUAUGACAUUAUUUUCCCUCAGGGAAUUGUAAAUCUCCUGAACUACAGUUGGAAGGAGCUCACUGAAGGUGCUGAUUACAGUAAAAGGCACCAGCAGUCCCUAAGGUACAAAAGCAUAAGAUCAGGGAAAAGCCAAGCAUCAGAAGAGUGUGAGAAGAUGGCAUCGGGGUCUGAUCAUGAAAUGACUCAAUGUGAAAAAAGUCGGCGCAAGAAGAGUGUUUUACCUGCAGAUUGUGCGAAGGAAAAAAGGAAUCCUGAAAUGGCACCAAAUAAGCCUCUAGGAAACAAAGCUCCUGUUACGCAACAUGAUACCCACUUACCUGUCACAAUCAGUUUCUCACUGUCAUCAAAACUGUCUGAAGAAAGAGGUUGGCGUUUCCUGCAUUCUGACUCUAAGUCUGAAGAUCUUGAAUGGAAAGUCCCUUUUGCCUGGGCGGUGGAGAAACUACGACAAGCUCAGAUACAAAUAAACGAUCGGAUAUCUAAGCUGAAAGAAGCAGGAUUUGACCAACCAGUCAUUCUCCGGCAUUAUGGUGAUACUGUGAGAGAAAAUAUUCCCAAGAAAUUUAAGGGGCAGACCUGCAAGACCUUAUUUGAGCUGCUGAAUGGAAAACCCCAAAUACCAGCAAUCAAGCAGGCAGACCCAGCAUUACGAAAACUGCAUUAUGGGCUGAUUGAUGGCUCAUCUUUGAUUUAA